GGUCACACUAAGCUGCUGCUAAAAUUUGUUUUCAUUGUAAGAUUCCGAAAACAAAAUGCUGACCGACCGAGUACUUGCGACCAAGGAGGCGCUAGUAGUGGCUCUGGGUGACAACUGGGAGCGCUACCGGGCCAACAUGAAGAACUGGUUCCGCAGCCGCUGGUCCAAGGAGGAGUUCGAUGCGGAGUCGCGGAAAAUACUCUCGCCGGACAAACUGCAUCUGCACAAUCAAUUCCUGCUGGCGCUGCUCAACAAGAUCGACGCCUUCGCACCUGUGGAGAAUCCACCGACUGUCCAAACCAGCAGCAGCGGGAAUCGGAGCAAGCGGCGCAAGAGGAGCUCCCGCACUUUUGCCGAGCGCCUGAACUUCGAGCUCUGCGAGGUCCUCGAGUUCGUGGGCGAGGACAACAUGCAGGUUAUCCGACCUCCACCCACUAUCGGUGGUUCCGCGGUGGAUCAGCAGCCCAUGCAGCAGCAGCUCCCCUCGCAGCGCUACUGCGCCCAGGAACUCUUCCUGCCCGAUGCUGGAUUCAUCAUGGGACGCUUCCUGAUCGGCGCCUGGGAAAUCGGACUGGUCUCCGUGGACGACAACGUCGCCGAGUACGUGGCCAUGGCCGUGCAGGUCCUGCUCAAGGAUCUCCUGUCGGCCAUCAUCAAGAAGCGAAAGCACUACAAGACCAGCGGCGAGGGAAACUUCUAUUACGAUGUGGGUGCUCCGCUGCGGGAUCCUUCGCUGCGCAACACGGUCACCCGCCAGAAGGUGGACGAUACGCCCCUGGAGCUGGACAAGGAGCUGAACACGGCCAACUUCAUGCGGCGUCAGAACGACGAUGUGACCUUCCUCUCCGCCUGUGAAGAAGUCCUGCCCAGCGAGCGCACAGUGAUCACCCUUAAGGACUGCCAGCUGGCCUUCAGGGACCGCAACCUGAUCGGCUCCCAUGCUGUUUACUCUAUCAACAUGGAGCGACUGAACAUGAUGAUGCAUUAGUUUAUUAGAUGUACUUAUUAAACAUUAGUUCUACGAAAUAUAUACAUUAACAAGCAA